AGCUUGUGCGUCGAACUCCGGACGGACGUUCUGCGUGAGAGGAAUGUAGUGCGCGCGCGCGCAUGACGCAGUUGCCCAUGGUAACCGGGAGCCGCGUAGAGGAUGGGUUUGCUGUCAAUUCUGCGCAAAUUGAAGAGUGCACCAGACCAGGAGGUAAGAAUCCUCCUCCUGGGAUUGGAUAAUGCAGGCAAGACCACACUUUUGAAACAACUAGCAUCUGAAGACAUCACUCACAUUACUCCCACACAGGGUUUUAACAUCAAAAGCGUGCAAGCACAAGGUUUCAAGCUGAAUGUGUGGGACAUUGGUGGACAGAGGAAGAUCAGGCCAUACUGGAGGAAUUAUUUUGAGAACACCGAUAUCCUGAUUUAUGUCAUUGAUAGUGCAGAUAGAAAGAGAUUUGAAGAAACAGGUCAGGAGCUAGCGGAACUCUUAGAUGAAGAGAAGCUAAGUGGUGUUCCUGUGCUCAUCUUUGCGAACAAACAAGAUUUGCUGACGGCAGCCCCUGCUGCAGAGAUUGUAGAGGGUCUGAACUUGCACACGAUUCGUGACAGAGUUUGGCAGAUUCAGUCCUGUUCGGCCCUCACAGGAGAGGGUGUGUCGGAUGGCAUGAACUGGGUCUGCAGAAAUGUCAUUGCAAAGAAGAAGUAAAUGAACUGCGUUGCAUGGAAUUGGAGGGGCUGCAGGAGCCGAACACGCUAGCUGGCUGCUAGCAUCUGACCAAAUAUUUUUCCAUCUGUGUGCAGCUGUAGCUGUUAGAAAUGGGAACAGCAGCUAUGCCUACUGCCCAAAUUGGAACUUUACCUUCUCUCUAGUAUCAUUUCCCUACAUAUAUGCAUUUCUUCCCCCCACCCCUACCCCUUUUGGCAUAAAUAGUACCGAGAGUCUCCACAUUCAUCUGACUAAAAAAUAAGAUUUGAAAACAGGAGCAGACUGAAGUCUGCCAUAAAGACUUCCAGUGGGUUCCGCAGAGUGUGGGAUGAUCAUAGCAACGUGUGCGGGAGCCUGCUUCAGUUCUGAAGUCACUCAGGAUGCUCACCUGGUGCCACUCAAAGCUUUUCUCAUCAGCAAAUGAGCUGAUGUUUUAUUAGCAUCUGUGCUUUGUAGAAUGCUGGCAAGACACUCCUAUGGCCUCAUGAAGAGCCUUUAUUAUAGCGAGAUACCCAGGUGUCUGCCCUUCCUUUCACAGAGACCUAUGUUGUAACUCAAGUUCUUAACAGUCUGAAUGUUAGAAGCAUCAGAGUGCUAGAGAUGCUGUCAUUUAUCAAAUAAAACAGUGUCAGACUGCAGUGCAGUGUUGCCUUUAUGGUUGGUGUAAACAGACCAAGAGCUCUUUGACAUUCAGUCUCGUUGCACUGUAAAAAUCCCUCCAUGAGGGUGGAGUUUAACAGCAGAUAGUGGUAGUCAAUUUAGUGCUCUUAAGUGCAGUGAACUGGUUAAUUUAGGGGGGCGUGUUUUGAGAAGAGCUUUUGGUAGGCUGCAUCUGCCUCCUAGAAGCCAUCUAGCAAAUGUGCUUCUCCCAAGUAGUCCAAACGGUAAUAGACUGAGAUUAACAGGUUCAGUGUAGUGGCUCUAUCCAAAUGAACUGAUGUGGGUGUAUAGUCUGGGAUCGCUUUUUUGUGAGUCUGCACUGCUUACUGCCCUGUUAGUUUAGAACUGCAUUUCAGAACAAUCUGUGCAGGAAGUAACAGUCUGGGUGUGUUCAAAAAGAGAUGCCCCUCACUUCAGGAAAUAUGAGACCAAUUUAAGUUGCAGUUUAGAGGGAAAGGUAUAGAGAAGCAUUCCUCCAUCAGUCCUAAGAAGAAAAGCCCUGAGUCUAUAACUUCUUAAAUACAGAAUAUUUGUUAGAAAAAUGCAUGAAGGAUGCACUAUCCCCUUUGAGGGAAUAGUCAUAUAGUAUGAUUGCGAAAUCUCAGCAUAUCGCUACAACACCAGGAAAUGACAUAGGAGGCUGCUUCUCGCCUCUGGGUCAUCUGCUAGAUUUGUCCAAGUUCAAAGUAAUUUGGCGAGGGCAGUCUUGCAUGCAAUGAAUUUAGCACGCAGCAUGCAGAUUAUAACCAGAGUAUAGGGCAGAAAAUGCCAUGGCAACUAUAAUGCCCUUUCUCAUUCCUAGUGGGAGGGAGUAAACUUGCUUGCUAAACCUUGGGCAAUGUGUAUACAUUGUGGAGAGCCAGAGCACAAUAGCUGCUUUCAGACAUUUCUUGACCAUAUUAUCCACUGUCACUAUAUUGUCUUUUUUAUUAUUCCUUAUUAAUCUAAAGAUAGUAACGGCAAUAAUUUCUAGUCCACCUCAACUUGGAUUCUGUCUUGCUCUUAAUUUGUGGUUUGCAACAGACAUAAAUUCUAGAUUAGAUAAAUUAAGUCUAUAGCCCACCUACUUCAACGGAUUUGUAAGGGUAAUAUAUCCAUGAGCAAACAUUGCAACAAUGAGCAAGAAUAAAAUAAAGUACAGACAACCAUCCAAAUCAAUCCACUGAGAACCCCAAAGCGUGACAGCUAAAACACAUACUUGUACAAACUGCUAAAACAACACUGCUUUCUAUGGGGAAGCUGGUGACAUGUUGCAAAUACUGAUUUGCGUUUUAGAAAAGGCUUUUACUCUUUAGAGGUCCAGUGUGCAAAAGUGGCAGCACUUGCAGCCCAAUUUUAAAAGUAAUAUGUCUGCAACUAUUUAGUCCAGAUGUUAGAGAGAGGCCUGUCUGCGCAUGCCAUAAUGUCUGGAAGCGUCUCUCCUGAAAUUCAACAAGCCUAAGUUGGCCUGUUCAGUUCAGGAAGGAGUACAUUUCCUUCAGUGUGCAGCAAGCUAAUGAAGCACUCCCAAUACUUACCACCCAGUUGACGAACUGUGAAGCAAACUGACCAUGCUGCCUUCUCUGCUAUCUUUGAGCACAAAAUACAGCUCUCUUAUUAUCUCAGACAGUGAAUGCAGAUUGCCCAAGGGCUGUCCUGUUUCGGUUUCUUUCUCAUCUCUUGUUGAGCGUAUUUUUUUGUGGAAAAUGGGAUGUCACUGGUACCAGUGCAGCUCACUGAGACAAAAGGAACUACCAUGGUCCAUCGACUUCAACAAGCAGCUAUCAUACCUGCAUCAAGUUUGAAUCAUUUUGACCUAACUAGAUCUUCUAAGAACUAGAAGACAGGGCUGACCCAAUGACCCCCAGAGGCCAAUAUCCUGGCUCUGAAAAUGACCUCUUCCAGAUGGAUGCUUCGCAAAUAAGUUGCAAAACAUAGAACAGUUACAGAACAAUCUCUCUCUGUUAUUUCUAACAAAUAGAAAAGACUGCCCUGAGCAGGCAAAUUCGCAACUUCUAACUGUUUAGUUCACAGUUCUUAAACCAAUCUUCAUUGUUUUAGCUAAUCCUUUUUAAAAAAAUAAUUUUAUUCCAGCUCUGCUAUUGGCUUUCACAAUAUCCCCGGUUCAGCUAGUUCUGCACUGAAUGUAGUAUGUGAAAGGGUUUUCAUUUAAGUACAACAGCCACACUGACUCUUUGACAAGUUGUUUUGCUAUAUAUAUGGUACAUGUUUCCUGUCUGAAUAUUGUGCUACAUUUACAGGUAAGCCAGAAUGGAUAAAGUAUAGCCUUGAGAGACCGGAGUAGUAUUGUUCAUGUAACAUACUAGAAUGAAGAAGGCAUGUUUCAGAUGUGGUUUAAUUGUUUCUUUGAUUAAACAUAGCAGGGUUUGCUCUCUUUCUUACAUACCAGAUGAUGCUCAGUUGCGAUAAAAAGCCAUAGCUGCAAAUGUUAUCCAUUACACCUUUUCCGUUCUCUCAAUAGGGUACAUCUGAUUAUUAUUAUUUUUAUUAUUAUUUUAGUUCUUAGUUUUAUUCUCUCUUUUUUUGACGUUCAUGAAAAGGAUGUGUGUGAUGAUAAGUUGGUGAUGCUAAGCCUUGGUGUAUAUGUUUAGUUGUUUGGCAAACUUGAAUAAAAUUUAGUAGAAAUGA